AUGUGGUUCACUCAUUCGCUCAAAUCGGCUCUCAAGGACAACCGGGAAACAUGUAAAGAGAUCAAAUCGAGGCUUCCCGUCGCUCUUCUCAUCUUUUUCGAAUUGAUUUGGCUUUUCUCGUGUCUUUGGUACAAUCAAAUCACUUUGGUGUCAAAUGAACAAACAACCGAACGACAGAUUACGGAGAUCUCAAUCCUGUUAAUGAUUCUGGUCACACUCCCAGCCAUUCUCACCAUUUACACGUUGAGCUCAAGUUUUUCAAAAGUCUACUUUGCUUUAUUUAUAUUCGAGAUAUUGAUUGUUUUUGAAGUUUCGUUGUUCUUGGGGAUUUAUCGAGUAUUCAGUAAAUCGCAAGCAAGUUUGCAAAGAUUCAACGUGUUGAUCUUGGCAUUCGGCUCAAUCUAUCUUCAACUACUCGUUCCAUGGCUUGGCGCAUUGAAGUAUUCAUUCUACAAAGAUAUUAGAGAUCAUCAAUCCUCCGAAAAGAAAGAGCAAUAUGCAUCAAUUCCUAAUGUAACUAUUGCA